GAGCCACCAAGUCAAGGAAGUUGGAAGUUUCUCAACAGUACGACCCUGUUUUUAAGGACAAUUGUAACGUAAGAGUUGUAGACAGGACACCGAGCGACGGGUGAAAAUAUUAUUAUUAUUUUUUUUUAAGCUAUCGCUUCGAAAAGUGUUCUUUUUGUAUAUUUUGUUCCUGUCUAAAGCGGGGCGUAAAGUCGUCACACAUCAGUAACAAACGAUGUUAGCCUCCAGUCUGCUGGCUAACUACUGCACCGAACUCCAUGAUGACCAAGCGCAUAAGGUGGACAAAUACCUUCACCAUCUUCAGCUGUCAGAUGAGACUGUGAUGGACGUGUCAAUAAGAUUUCGACGAGAGAUGGACAGAGGCCUGUGCAGAGACACCAACCCCACAGCUGCUGUCAAGAUGCUGCCCACGUUUGUGCUGUCAACUCCUGAUGGAACAGAACAAGGUGAAUUCUUGGCUCUUGACCUUGGCGGAUCCAACUUCCGAGUCCUCCUGGUCAAAGUCAUGGCUGAUGGCAAGCAAAAGGUGGAGAUGGAAAAUCAGAUUUAUGCCAUUCCUGAGCACGUCAUGAGAGGCAAUGGGUCUGAGUUAUUUGACCACAUAGCUGAAUGUCUGUCUAAUUUCCUGGAGAAGAUGGGCAUCAAAGAUAAAAAACUUCCUCUGGGCUUCACCUUCUCUUUCCCCUGCCAACAGACCAAGUUGGAUGAGAGUGUUUUGGUGUCUUGGACCAAAGGCUUCAAGUCGAGUGGAGUAGAGGGAAAGGAAGUGGUCAGCCUUCUGAGGAAAGCCAUCAAAAAACGAGGGGAUUUUGACAUUGACAUUGUGGCAGUUAUCAAUGACACAGUGGGAGCCAUGAUGACCUGUGGCUACGAUGAUGAGCACUGUGAAAUUGGUCUCAUCGUAGGAACGGGGACCAAUGCCUGCUACAUGGAGCAGAUGAGGAACAUUGAGCUGCUGGACGGUGACGAGGGACGGAUGUGUGUUAAUACAGAGUGGGGUGCUUUUGGAGAUGAUGGUUCUCUGGAGGACCUGCGCACUGACAUUGACCGGGAAAUAGAUGCAGGCUCUCUGAACCCUGGCAAGCAGCUGUUUGAGAAGAUGAUCAGUGGCAUGUACAUGGGGGAACUGGUCCGUCUCAUCCUUGUGAGGAUGGUCAAAGAGCAGCUGCUGUUCCAGGGCAAGACAACAGCAGCGCUGCUCACCACUGGAAGCUUCAGCACCAGCUACAUCUACGCUAUUGAGAAUGACAAACAUGAAGAAGGUCUGAGAAGUGCUGAAGAGGUGCUUCGGGGCCUGGGUCUGGACCCGUCGGUUGAGGACUGCAUAGCCACUCGGAGGGUCUGUCAGAUAGUAUCCACACGGGCUGCACACUUGUGUGCUGCCACUCUAGUGGCAGUGCUGCGGCAGAUCCGGGAUAACAAAGCGGCUGAGAAGCUGCGCACUACUAUUGGAGUGGAUGGCUCUGUUUACAAGAAUCAUCCAGAGUUUUCCAGGAGGCUCCACAAGAUGGUACGGCGACUUGUGCCAGACUGUGAUGUGCGUUUUUUGCAGUCACAGGAUGGCAGUGGGAAGGGUGCAGCCAUGGUAACAGCAGUAGCUUACCGUCUUGCCGCUCAACAUGCAGAGCGUCAGCGCAUCCUUGACACCUUGCGUUUGAGCCGUGAACAGUUGUUGGAGGUGAAACACAGAAUGAGUGAGGAGAUGGUGAGAGGCCUGUCAAGGCGAACGCAUGAGCAGACAAGCGUUAAGAUGCUUCCCACUUAUGUCAGAUCAACGCCAGAUGGAACAGAGCACGGCGACUUCUUGGCUUUGGACCUUGGAGGCUCCAGCUUUCGGGUGCUGCUUGUGCGAGUGCGAAGUGAAAAAAGACAAAAUGUGGACAUCCAUCAGAAGAUCUACAGUAUCCCACAGGAGACCAUGCAAGGCACAGGGGAAGAGCUUUUCAGCCAUAUUGUGAACUGCAUCGCUGACUUUCUGGAGUACAUGGGUAUGAGAGGAGCAUCCUUACCUCUGGGAUUUACGUUCUCCUUCCCCUGUCAUCAGAGCAAACUGGAUCAGGGCAUCCUUCUGAGGUGGACAAAGGGUUUCAAAGCCAGUGGCUGUGAGGGACAAGAUGUUGUUACAUUACUUAAAGAUGCUGUCUGCCGCAGACAGGAAUUUGACCUGAACUUCGUGGCGGUGGUUAAUGACACAGUGGGAACCAUGAUGACCUGUGGCUACGAGGACCCCAAAUGUGAGGUUGGACUCAUUGUAGGCACAGGGACCAAUGUCUGCUACAUGGAGGAAAUGUACAAUAUCGACCUGGUGGAGAGUAACGAUGGUCGAAUGUGUGUCAACAUGGAGUGGGGAGCAUUUGGUGACAAUGGUGAACUUGAUGACUUCUGCACCGAGUUUGAUCAUAUUGUCGAUGAUUUCUCGAACAGCCCCGGGAAACAGAGGUAUGAGAAGAUGAUCAGUGGCAUGUACCUGGGGGAGAUAGUAAGGAAUGUGCUCAUUGAUUUUACUUCCAAGGGCCUCCUGUUCAGAGGCAAACUGUCCGAACGACUCAAAACCCAUGGCAUCUUCGAGACAAAGUUCCUGUCACAGAUCGCAAGGGACCGUCUGGCCAUGCGACAGAUCCGCUCAAUUCUGCAGCACCUGGGCCUCACCAACUCGACAUGUGACGACAGUGUACUGGUGAAGGAGGUGUGCAGCGUGGUAGCCCGCCGUGCAGCUCAGCUCUGCGGUGCCGGUUUGGCUGCUGUGGUCGACAAGAUACGACAGAACCGCAACUUGAAUCAGCUCUCCAUCACUGUGGGAGUGGAUGGCACUCUUUAUAAGACUCACCCUCAUUUCUCCAGCAUCAUGCAAGAAACUUUGCAGGAUUUGGCACCUCAGUGUCACGUGACUUUCCACAAGUCAGAGGAUGGAAGUGGGAAGGGAGCAGCACUCAUCACAGCUGUGGCCUGUAGGAUGAAGACCGAAGGGCAGCAGUGAACACCCAGGACGAUGAUGGUCAGGUAGAACCAGAGCUACUGUGACUGAUGGUCUGUACAGGGUAGCCAUGAAUAGUUCCAUACACUAUGAUGUGAGUUUUUUUCUUAAGUACUGAAAUUUUAAAUUUGACUUAUUUUGUGUGUGUGUGUGUGUGGGGGCGGGGGUUCACAUGAAUGUGUGUUUUGGAGUAGAUAUGUAUGGUGUGAGCUGACACUGAGGGCGGUAAACCAGUUCAGCAGGAGUGUUAGAGAAGUUGCACCUUCUGUGAAAAAUGACUGUUACAAGCUGUGGGACUCAUUCUCCCUCUUUUUCUGGCACUUUCAACCCCACCCUCACUCUCACCCCCACCCUCACCCACCCCAGCCACCUGUCAGGUUUCCUCCCUCAUUUUUUUUGGUCCCUUCAUAUCUACAUAGUGAGUGGGUCCUCUUUAGAGCCCACCAUGUUGCACCACCGUGUCUCUACAGUAACCCAGAGUGGACAAACCAAACACAGGCUCAGGAGAGGGCCUCUUGUGUUUUUACAUUACCUGAAGGUCACUAUAGGUUCUCCUACACACAAUCUGCAACCCGCGUCACUAGAUGCCACUCAAUCCUACACACUGGUCCUUUAAACCAAAAUAAAAUGAAUGUGUGUUACAUCGCUUGUGUCUCUUCACAAUAAGUGAAUAAGUAACUUUUCUCAUUAAGGAAAGACAAGCCAGACUGACUGAGACAGAACUGGAACCAAAGCUUAUUUAUGUUAUGUAGUGCUAACACAUCUAAAACCUCUGUGCGUUGCCCACCACUAUCUCUCAUCGUAUGGUCUAAUGACUGUAACAAACUUAUUGUGAUGCAAGGAAAAAGUGAGCUGGACCAACUUUAUACAUUAAAUUCACUGGAGAUAGAUUUAAAGAAAACCCAGGAACCCUUAACUGCUUUCCUGGGGGGAGAAGUUAAUUAAACCACAGUGGUAAGAAAGUGAAGAGGAAGGUAGGCUGAGUGAAUACAGAAGGUAAAAGGAGGGAUUGGUCCUAAUCUUUGGUCCUAGACUGUUUUUUUUUUUUUUUAUUUCUUCUCUUUUGUUUUAUAUUCAUUUGUACUUUUUUUUGGCUGGUGAACUGUACAAAUUAAAAAAAAAAAAGACAAAUCUCUGACAUCUGGUUGGAGAUAUCUGCUCUGGUCUGUAGCUGCAGAGAAAAAUGAGAAAUAAUUACUGAAUCAGAGGGAAAUAGAUUCAUGAGAAUCUGUUGUUUUCCCUUAAAUAUUUUUUUUUCUGUUAAAACCAUUGACACCAACAUCAUCAUUAUGGAAUUGUGCACAAAUCCAAUAAAUAUCCCAUCACUGUAUUCAACAGCAAAAUGCUUUUUUCCCACUGAUUACACCAUAAUUUUUGUUUAUCUUAAAAUGAAUACGAAUCUUUCCUGUGCUCUGAGACUAAAAUUAAGCUCUGCUUUCUGCUUUUUAAAGAACAUGUCCUAUAUUUAUAGAAAAACAGAGUUCUUCGGCCAACAGCAUUGUCUGCUUUUUCAUUUAGGUACAGGCUAAUAACAGCUGUUUCACUCCAAGUCUGAUCAUUAUAACCUUACAGUGCUUCCGUGAUCAACAGUGUCAUCAAAUAAAGACUCACAAUAAAAUUGG